AGUACUUUCCAAAUCUACAUAGAAAAAUCAGAGAUUGGGCAGAAGCUGUGAAAAUACGCAAGCAAUGGCGCGGAAAAACAGUAACGUCAUCUUCUAUGUGACCCUGAUAAUAAUAGCCCUGUGUGGCUUCUGCAUCUGGACAUUCUCCGGCAUCAAUCAUGAAGACGCCAAGUUCAAUAUGAUCCUGCUGGCAUUCCUGGCGGUAACGGUAUUACAGAUCCUGGUUUACACGCCCAUCAAGUACACCAUAAUGUCCAUCGAUGCAGCCUGCUGGCCAGAUCAUCAGCCCCCCGUGACGCCCGACAAAAAUGCCAAGGUGGAGACUCUAAUGGACAAGGUAAGACUGAGACUUCGGAGGCUGAAGAGUGAGCUGAUGAUCACGGAGAGCCACCGAAAUGAGCAGCUCAACCUGAGGUACCGCCUGCUGGAAGGAGAACUUGUUUUAACCGGCAUGCUAUUUUUAAUCAUUUUCGGCAUGGCCAUGGUGUUGAUCGACCAGUUGCUUUACUUCAACACGGAAGCCGUUGAGAACCUCUUCGAGCUCGACCGGAAAUAUGAGGUGGGACUAUCGCAGAUGAUAACUCUGCCGGAGGUCUAUACCUUCAUCGAGUUGUGCCUGAUCAUGGCCUUUACUGAUGAGAGCAACACAGGUCACGGGGCGCCCUGGAUUCAUGCGGAGCCCGCCCGGAUGCUGGGUGUGGUAAGGUUAAAGCAGCUGAGAACAGAGAACAGACGCGUGGGCCUAAACAAACCGGUUUUCACCGACAAGGACUUUUCGGAAGGUUGGUUGCCAUAUAAAAAGGCUCCCUAUACGGACAAGUACUGGCCGAUCUACGAGCCCUGGAUGUCGGGGGUCUACAGCAUUCAGGAGAAGCUCAUGGGCGACACCUACCAUGGUCAUUAUAUUACCUAUCCGGAAGCGGAGGGAUACCAAACACUUCUCUCCGACACCCGGAGGAAAAGCCAGAUGAUUCUUCAAUACUUGAAGGAGAAGAAAUGGCUGGAUUACAAUACGAGUGCCCUAUUUAUGGACUUUACUCUGUACAAUGCGGAUGCAAACAUCUUUAGCGUGUGCAGAUUGUGGAUAGAGCAACUUCCCUUCGGCAACAUCCACUCGCACAUAGAUAUCGAUAGUGAGAUUUUCGUGGAGCAACUGCGGCACAUGUCUAGUCUUGGAAUGAUUGUGCUGUUCACCUUCGUUAUUGUAUGGCUGCAGUUCGCUAAGGUGUUCUUUGUCAAGGUCUGGUUCGAGCCCCGUCUGUUAAAGACCCUGUGGAUCCAGGUCGACGCCCUGAUCAUUAUACUCACUCUCUUGGUUUCAGUCAUCUUAGGGAUCCGGGAUAACUUGAUUCAAUCAAUGUUAGAAAAAAUUGAAAUCUGCGUACUGGUGGAGUUUAUAGAUUUUCGAAAACCUGAGCGACUCACGUUCUUCGCCGAUAUUCUGAAGGGUUUUUCCAUAGCUCUGGUCACCAUGCGACUGUGGAAGGUGAUGCAGUUUUCCGGCACCUUUCAGCUGUUCACCAAAAGCUUUGCCAUGGCUUGGCAAGCGCUUAUUUGGACGACGGUAGUAACCAUCAUAUUCAUUGUCGCCAUUGCCCUCGUCAAUGUCACAAUCAACGGCAGUCACAUCUACAACUUCAUGGACUUGACCAAGGGCGUUGUAACUGUCAGUUGUUUUGCCUUCGGAUUUACUGACGUGGUGGAUCCGACAGAUCUAUUUUUCGGCGGAGAUCUGAUGGGCAUUAUAUUAUAUGCCGUAAUGGGGCUUGUGGCCAAGUACUUGCUGAUCAAUUUGAUUAUAUCCAUGAUGAGGGAUCAAAUGGCAAUCGCCAAGGCGGACAGGGAUAGAAAAGUAUUGCAUCGCAUAUCGUUUUGGCAAUUUCUUCGCGUUGAAUAUGCCGAUUGUAUUAAUUUCAUUCUGAAAGUGGCCCACUUAAAAAAGAGGUAUUACCGGGAAAACCGAACAGUGGCAGAAAAUAUUGAUCGAAAAGUUAAGCACCAAGAUCGAAUGGCCGAAAUAAUGAAUAUAAGUCAACAUCACCCAAAAAUUAUCCCCGAAAAGCAGAGAGAUGAGGAAUUGCUUCAACUGAGAUACAGGGAGCGUAUCGAGCGAACCAUGACUAUGGGCGCAAUUUUGCAAACGCAGAUGGAGCUCUUUGAAAGGCUUAUGUUCGGGGAUGAAGAUGGAAAGCUGCCAAGUUUGGACGCAGCUGAGGAGAAUGUUCCGUCCACUCAAGAAGCCUAAAGGAAAAUAAAUAAAACACACUUUUAAAAAGA